UGUCCAGUUAACCUGAAGCCUGCUGCUACAAAUGAUGUGCUAAUGGACAGAUAAAACAUCUUUUAUAAGCACAGCCUCUUCUUCUACUACUCUUUAUGCAUUUAACUUAUCAUACGGAUUAAUUGGGUCAUAUUCAUGUGUAGAGUUAAUCCAAUCGAGCUCUGUGUUGUUGUUGCUCCUGUUCGACUUUAAGAUUGCACUAUGGGCGGUCCUUGCGCGCAGACCAAUGAAGCGCCGUCUCUGUUUAAAUAGUCCUUGAUGUCAACUUUCCUCCUUCACUCAUAGCACCCUCUAACGCCAUGUUGGCUGUUUUGACUUGACUUGUUGUUUUCAUCAGCCUUACUACGGACCUGACAGGAGUGGCUCUCUUAAACGCCCCUGCGCCCUUGGAGACGCUUUAAUUUUUUUUUUUUUUUUUUUUUUUUUUUUUCUUCUUGCUGGUUGUUGUUGUGCGUACGCGUUUUGGAUGAUACGCGCGGAGUUAUGCACGCAUCAUCCCCGUGACUUUGCAUUUGAAAGGAUUACUACUUGGAAAUAGAAGUUGUGUGUUUUUGUUUCUGUGUCAUAUGUGCAACAAAAUGUCAGAUGUUCGCCUUUCUAAUGCGAGCCCGACAGUGGAGAGGGUGGACGCGCGGCUGCCGGACAACGUCAGAGCUUCAGUCAGCAGAAAUCUUUUCGGCCGACCGGACCCUGAGGAGAUACGGAGGUAUGUGGAGACGUCGAUACAGGAAGAUGUGCAGCGUUUCACGGAGAUUUAUAACUACGACCCGGUGAGCGACAGACCGCUCUCUCCGCGGAGAUACGAGUGGCAGGAGGACAGCGACGCGCCGGAGUUUUACCGCAGGGCGCCUCACGGGAGCCAGCCGCCACAGGAUGCCGAGGAGAGGAGUGAGCGGCGGCCGGAGCGAGCACGCAGAGACGGUGGGAGGAAGAGGCGUUCAGGGGACUCAGGUCCCUGCUCCGGCGCGUGUCAGAGUAAAAGGUCGCAUACCGACAAGGAUGAUGAUGAAGACCAGUCGGACGGUGCAGGAAGUCAGGCGGUGCAAGCCGCGGAGGAGAGACCCAGCAGGCCAGAGAGGAACGAGGUCCAGUGAAACCAGUGCCAGAGCUGGGAGACCUGUUGCUGGUGGUAUACUGUAGCCUUUCUCAUCAUCUGACAGGUGGGAGAGAGAAAAAUCUAAAAGCAGCCUCUUUCUACAGAAGGGAGGAGGAGAGGCCGCACAAGCACUGAAUAUGUACACUAUCAAGUUUUGGCACUCAUUUCAUUUAAAAAAAAAA